CCUCCCCCACCACAGGCCCCUCAGCAGGCGGGGCUGGAAGGCUGAAAAGGGAACCCGGCUGCAAGUGCGAGUCCCAUCACACUCUCCCAGGAAAGAGGAUUGCCUCUCUUCUCUUUCGCUUUGAUCGUGUUUUUGGCCCUUUUCCACGUGGUUGAGCCCUGGGGUCGGCAUGCUGCGUUGCCCGAAGCUUGUCUCCAAGAAAACAAACCAAAAUAUUUCCUAAGGAGGAAAAGCUUGUGGUACAUCUUGCACUCAAAUCAUGUCUGUUCGGGAGUCCUUUAAUCCAGAAAGUUAUGAACUUGACAAGAGUUUUCGGCUAACACGAUUUACGGAACUGAAAGGCACCGGUUGUAAAGUGCCUCAGGAUGUCUUACAGAAAUUGCUUGAAUCUCUACAAGAAAAUCACUUCCAAGAAGAUGAACAGUUUUUGGGAGCUGUUAUGCCAAGAUUAGGAAUUGGAAUGGACACUUGUGUUAUUCCCUUAAGGCAUGGAGGCCUAUCUCUGGUACAGACAACAGAUUACAUUUAUCCUAUUGUGGAUGAUCCUUAUAUGAUGGGACGCAUAGCCUGUGCCAAUGUUCUGAGUGAUCUUUAUGCUAUGGGAGUCACAGAGUGUGAUAACAUGUUGAUGCUUCUUGGGAUCAGCAAUAAAAUGACAGACAGGGAAAGGGACAAAGUGAUGCCUCUCGUUAUACAGGGUUUCAAAGACGCAGCAGAGGAGGCAGGAACAUCAGUGACUGGUGGUCAAACAGUGUUAAAUCCUUGGAUCGUUUUAGGAGGAGUAGCUACAACAGUCUGUCAGCCUAAUGAAUUUAUAAUGCCAGAUAAUGCUGUACCAGGAGAUGUGCUUGUGUUAACUAAACCUUUGGGAACACAAGUGGCUGUAGCUGUUCACCAGUGGCUAGAUAUACCAGAAAAAUGGAAUAAAAUCAAAUUGGUUGUCACACAAGAAGAUGUGGAGCUAGCAUAUCAAGAAGCAAUGAUGAAUAUGGCACGGCUCAAUAGAACAGCUGCAGGGCUCAUGCACACGUUCAAUGCACAUGCAGCCACAGACAUUACAGGUUUUGGAAUCCUGGGACAUGCGCAGAAUCUAGCAAAACAGCAGCGCAAUGAAGUGUCUUUUGUUAUACAUAACCUUCCUGUUCUUGCCAAAAUGGCUGCAGUUAGCAAAGCAUGUGGCAAUAUGUUUGGUCUCAUGCAUGGGACAUGUCCUGAGACUUCAGGGGGCCUUCUUAUCUGUUUACCUCGUGAACAAGCAGCACGCUUCUGUGCUGAAAUCAAGUCUCCAAAAUAUGGUGAAGGACACCAAGCGUGGAUCAUUGGGAUUGUAGAAAAGGGCAAUCGUACUGCCAGAAUUAUAGACAAACCACGAAUAAUUGAAGUUGCACCGCAAGUCGCCACUCAGAAUGUGAACCCAACGCCUGGCGCAACUUCUUAAUCUAGACAAAAUAGCUGUUUUUGUUUUUCUUUUUCAAUAGGUCUCCUUUAUCAUUUUAACAGCCUAAAAAUUGCAAAAAGAGAAGAAGGAACACAUUGUGUCUGCAAAUCUGGUGGCCUUAGGUCAGUUCGAGUGGAUGCAUUAAAUAAAAUAAAACCCAUUGCCUUUUUUUCCUGUUACAUUAACUGAAGAUGCAUCUAAUCUUGAGGCAGCUUCUGAGUUGAGAAUUAUAUUGUUAUCCAAUACUGUUGAUUCAUUUUGAAUCUUUAGACACUUAUCUCUUGCCGCAUAGGCUCUUUUUUAAGAGGUGCUUUCAUGUAGCACAGACAUUACCAGUAGUGGUAUCAAAUAGUUUGUGACCAUUUCCAUUAUAUGUAUAUUUAUCGUUAGGCCUAAUUUUGGAUGCCUUGAAUGAAAUUCCAGAAAGGCAAUAAAUCUGAUAAGUGCUGCAUAGUGGUUUUAUCCAGUAGCAAAGAGGGUUGCAUGAUUAACAUUCAAUCUUUGAUUUGUAAAAUUUAGUUUUAUGAGCAUCAACAACCCUGGACAUUGCUUGGUAGUACAUUCUGUUUGAAACAAGCAAGUACUGACUUUGCAUGGAAAGCACUUCCAAGCUGAAGGAAAAAUAAUUUUGUUCUUUGUAGAUCAAAUAUUUACUUGUAUUAUCAAUAAUUGUUUCUUUAUUGAUGGUAUAAAUAAUGAUGCUCAGUUUUGCAACGUGAUUUGGUGUGCUAUAGAGCAACACAAUAUUGCCAACCGAAAGGAGGUUCUCGUAUAAUCAUUUGCAAUUCACUAUAUAAUUAACUACACAAGUAAUUUUUAAAUAUAACCAAUUAAAAAACCUGUUCUGUGGAUGGUAGUGUUUGAUACAUUUUAUAUUUUGUAUAGUUAUUAUAAAUCUUUUUGUUUUCUUAAAAUCAGCAGCUGUCUAGUAUAAGGCUUACUAUUUUUGU